CCCGACCAUAUUGGUGACUCUUUGCAAUCCUUCAUUUGCCCCUGCUGACGAAACUCCCAACGUCUUUCCCGGCAAGCUACCAUUGUUCCUGUGUUGCCCUUGAUAUGGCCCCGGGAACGCUUCUCGAACCACACUUUGACAGCGCCGAAUCACGGCCCUUGAAAAAGAUCAAAUUAUCGCCAGCGGCGAAUGCCUUCACCGAAGAUGCCGAAAACGUGGCGGCGGCUGUUCCAACUCACCCACUAGGCAUUAGACCCUCUGGCAAUGCCUACACUGCCUCGGAGAACAUCAAAUCACGAUGUGGCGCAUUCAGAAGGCUGCCUGAUGAGCUCUUGAACCUCAUUCUUGAGUCAUUCGAUGCUGACGCUCUUGUCCGGUUGGGAAGCACGUGCAGAGCUUUGUAUGCCUUUACUCGGUUUGAUGAGCUGUGGAGAGCCUUGUUCAUAGAGUCACCGCCUAAAGACUUCGUAUGGCAUGGUACUUGGCGGUCAACUUUUCUUGGGAUCCCUCAGGAACAUGUCACCUCAAUCUCUUGCAAGAAUCUUUUCUCAGACGUGCUCCAUCGACCAUUCCAAUGUGCAAACAUCUCGUUAGAGGCCUUUACCUCGAGAAUUCCCUCACAAAAUGCUAUCUCCCGGUUUCCAGACCUCACACGUGAGGAGUUCUCUGAAAAGUGGACCGACGUUCCCUUCAUUCUCACUUCUCCUGUAAAGGAAUGGCCAAUAUGUGGAACAUGGACACCAGAAACGCUCCUGAAGAAGUAUCCGGAUGUUAAAUUUCGAGCCGAAGCUGUCGACUGGCCAAUGAGCAAGUACAUGAGCUAUAUGGCCAAUAGUAGCGAUGAGAGCCCCUUGUAUCUCUUCGACCGUGCCUUCGUCGAGAGGACCGGGAUAGCUACUGGGCGCGAUGCAUCUGAUGCAGCGUACUGGCCGCCCGACUGCUUUGGUGAAGACCUCUUCAGCGUCUUAGGCGAGCAACGUCCGGAUUGCAGAUGGAUGAUUAUGGGCCCAAAGCGCAGUGGAAGUACUUUCCACAAGGACCCUAAUGCUACUAGCGCGUGGAACGCCAUCCUCACAGGGUCUAAAUAUUGGCUCAUGUUUCCCUCCUCCCCAUCCAUCGCUCCACCACCUGGUGUCAUUCUCUCCGGUGACCAAUCAGAAAUCACAUCCCCCCUCUCCAUCGCCGAGUACCUUCUCACCUUCCACUCCCUAGCUCGCCGCACACCCGGUUGCCGCGAAGGAAUUUGCUAUGCCGGUGAAGUGCUCCACGUCCCGUCAGGGUGGUUUCACCUUGUGCUUAAUCUGGAAGACAGCCUCGCUUUGACGCAGAAUUUUGUGCCACAGAAAAGGCUCGCGGAUAUAUUAAGCUUCCUGCGAGAUCAACGUAAUCAAGUCAGUGGGUUUAAGGAAGAGAUAGCGGAUCAGGCAUAUGAGCUGUUCGUGGAAAAGCUCGGAGAGAAACAUCCGGAGAUUCUGGAGGAAGGGUUGAAGGAACUAGAGAGGAAGCAAAAGAAAGGGAGAGGCAAGUGGGAGGAGCUCACAAAGCAUGAAGGGGAGGAAGAGGGUGGUGGAUUCAGCUUUGGAUUUGGACAGAAUGAUGAUGAUGCUGAGGUGCCUUGAUAUGGUGGAUGCUCGCGUCGCAUCUAAAGAGCUAUAUAUUCGGAAAUCUGUGGUCUGGGUAUCGGGAGACCCCUACAUGUCGCUUGAGUGGUCUACACACAUCCCACAGGCAUUCUCCACACUCACCUGCCGUCUAUAAAGUAUUCUAGUCGUG